AUGGAGGCCAGGCAGUUCAAGAGGUUUGCAGAGGAGAAAAUGGCGCACGACCAGCAGGAGACCUUGGCAUUGGAGGAUUUGCUGUACAAAAGAGAGCAGGCCAUUCAAUCUCUGACUUGUGAGGUGGAGGCUUAUAAGCACAGGAUGAUGAGUUACGGGCUCACGGAGUCCGAAGCUGAUGGCAUGCUCGAUGGGUACAAGACUCACGGGAGCAUGAGCCGGAACACGAGCAUGACCGAGAAUCUUGAAAACCCGUUCGGUUUUCCCCGUUACGAAAUUUACCCUCCACUAAAGGUUAAUAUCAACGAAUCCCACGCGUAUAUGGACGGUGAUGAUGAUGAGGCUGUUGCGGAUGAUGUUGAGAAAUACGCAUCGGAUGAAACUCCGAGCUCUCGUCACCAGCUCAAAGAUUUGGAGUUCCGAAUCAAUCAGCUGGAGAAAAACAGCCCGCGGACCAUCCAGCCUGAUCGGGAGUCAAGAAAUGUGCUCGAGAAGGUGAUCGUGGGCCAUUCUCCAAGGCGGACCAACAAGCAUCUCAGGAAGUUCUCUACAGACAGCUCAGGCUCGGUUUGUGGUGCAGUGGGCAAGGAGACAGGCCCAAACUACUCUCCGAGGUUCGGGGCCAGCUUCAGGAAGGCUGAACUUUCACAUCUGGACUUGCGUUCGAAUUUGAAGAAGGCAGAUAGUGGGUCAGAGGCUGGGGAUGAGACCGAUGACAGGGUUUACACGAUAGAUUCGAUACAUCAGGGAGCCCCGCCGAAUGGUUUAGCUGACCACAAGGCAUCUGUAGGAGUUGUUGGGGAUGAUUAUGCAGUGACUCCGAGGGAUUCGGAUUUGGAGAUACAGAAGCUUUAUGCGAGGCUCCAUGCGCUCGAGGCCGAUCGUGAGUCCAUGAGGCAGGCGAUUAUUUCGAUUGGAACUGAUAAAGCACAGCUGGUGCUGCUGAAGGAGAUUGCUCAGAACCUUUGCAAGGAGAUGUCGCCGGCGAGGGUGGUGCCACCAAGGAGGCAGGUGGCGUUGAGGAGUUUCUCUUUCAUGUCGGUAUUGAAGUGGAUAGUCUCUUUUGUUUUCUGGAGAAGAAAAGCUCGCAGAUGCAAGUACAUGUUUGGGCUGUCGACCGAUAAUGCUGGCUUGUUAAUGCUUCUCGACCGAGGUGGGCAAUGGAGAUGCAUAACGAGUCGAAGUACAUGA